AUGUCACAUUCUUUCAAAGAAGGCGACGUGGUCUAUGUGAACUUGGAAGAGCAUGAGUUCCUGAGCGAGAAAGCAACAAAAUUGAUAGUGGAAAAAGAGAGUGGUGUGGUACUAAAAACUAAUUGCGCGUACGAAAAUGACAGCGGCGAGGAGUUUGACGAUGGCAUCAUGGUCAAAAUGAAAAUUAGCAAUACAAAAGGCAUCUACCCUCCUUCUUGUGUUUCUAACUUUGUUUCCAGUCCUAUAAGUGACAGCAGCAAACGUCGCUCAACUCGUGGUUCAUUAGUCUCUCCUUCUCCGGACAAGGAGCAAUGCCACGAUUCGUCAUCCAAAGUGGAGGAAAAGAAGCAACCAAAGAAGCGUUCUCGAAAGGAAGAGGAACACGAGAAACCAACGAAGAAAUCCAAGUACUUUCCCAGUGGAGACGAUGGCCACUCGAGCAAUGAAAAUUCCCUAAAGUUUCGCGUUCAAAAAUCGCCCAACUCGGCUGCAAAGUGCAAACACUGCAAGGCAGCGAUCAAGAAGGGUGCGCUACGAGUUCAACCUUUCGAUUCCAAAAGAGGCUGGUACCUUCCAAAUUGCCUGAGCUCUGAAUUUCCAGGCAUGUCCUUUUCCAGCGCAGAAACUGCUGAUUUUGAGGGCCAUGAUGAUCUAUCCGAAGAGGAUCAGAAAAUCCUUACGGACGAGCUCAACGGCGUAACAGCCGUGGUCUCGUCCAAUAGCGACAAUAACAACGAUGGUGAUGACGAGGAGGAAGAGAAGGAGGAGGAAGACGAUCCUCCACUGUCAGCGUUGAAAGCGAAGAAGAAACCAGCCAAGAAACCUGCCAAAAAAACUACUUCCAAAAAAGGCAAGAAAUCGAACAACAACAACAACAAUGCUCCGGCAGCACGAAGCAACAUCAUCGCAGCUCCGGAAUCGGAUAGUGAUGAUGACAAAGAUAUGCCGUAUCGCGUCGAGUAUGCAGCAACCGGAAGAGCCACCUGUAAAGGAUGCGAUGAACGUAUUACCAAGGGUGUCAUGCGAAUUGCGAAUAAGCCUCUGUUUCGUGGCAAACCAGGGUUUGUGGUCUACAGACAUUUACAUUGUACUGUAUUUUCUGAGAAUAUUGAACAAAUCAGCGACGUUGGAGGAUGGAGAAGGCUCAACGAUGAAGAUAGGGAAGUACUGAAAGCUCGAGUGGAAGAAUCCAAGGAACUUGUCCAGAAAGAAAACGAAGAGCUGAGACCUGACGAACUGGUGCAAGCAACUUUUCAGGGAGAAACCCGUGGCCCCCCACCAGGACUUACAGCUACCCUUCUUCCCUUUCAAGUGGAAGGCCAUUCGUGGAUGUAUCAUCAAGAAGUGGCUAUACCUGAGCUUCGUGGUGGAAUCAUGGCAGAUGAAAUGGGAAUGGGUAAAACGCUCCAAACCAUUGCUACUAUUCUUGAUAAUAGACCAAAGCUUCAACACGCGACCCCUGGGGCAAAGCACCCGCCAUCGGCGCCUGAUAUCGAUGCCCGCAAAACGGAAGAGGCUCUCUGGAAAGACGCCCAGACCUCAUGGGAACAUGAAAUGGAAAUGUGCAAUGUUCCAAAGAGGAUCUUGGUGAAUUCCAAGAAAAAGGGUGCGGCCCCCCUUGGCGUACGAGCUGGGACACUUGUCAUUUGUCCAGUAAUCGCACUUUUCCAAUGGAAGACAGAAAUUGAAAAGUUUACUGAUGGAAAGACGCUUACAGUUGGAAUCUACCACGGGCCAAAGAGAGCAUCGGAGAACCCAAGAGAGUUGCUUUGCAAGUAUGAUGUUGUACUGACGACAUACCAGGUAAUUGAAUCGGAUUUUCGAAAAAUGGUGUCACCAAAUAAGGUGAAAUGCCCAAACUGCGGAGGUAGCUACAAGAUUGACAAGCUUCGCGUUCACCUGAAGUAUUUCUGUGGUGAAUCUGCCCAGCGUACCGAAGCACAAUCUCGACAACGCCGAACUGCAGAUCGACACGAAGGUAACCAACAGAGACCCCGUGGUUCUGGCGGCGGCGGUGGCGGCAAGAAAAAGAAGAUGUUCAGCAAGAAAGCUCAUGAUCUUCAAACAGUAAAGAGGAAAGGAUCAAGUAAUGUUCGUGUGAAGCGAUCCGCUGCAUAUGAUAGUGAUAGUGAACUGUCAGUGCCAGAUGAUUUGGAAAUCUCUGCUGCAAGACCUAGCAGGUCGGCUGCGAAAAAUGCAAAGAAGAGGCUUUCUGCGUCGGCAAAGCAAACUAUAGAUUCUGGCGAGUCUUCGGACGACGAUUCCGAUGCAUUCCAGACUGGCACCUCUUCUUCCUCGGAAUCAGAGGAUGAAGAGUCAGUCACACCAGUUAAGACGACAAAACGAAAAGUGAUCGCGACACCAAAAGAAAGUUAUGACAGUAGUUUCGAGUCUGAAGACGAUGGUGCCAUUGCCAGAGCACGGUCCAAACAAGCCGCUGCGAUGCGGCGUGCAAAGGCUUCAGGCAAAGGUAGGAAAAGAAAGCUGGAUGACAAAGUGAAAGGAAAGGCGAAGAAAGGAAAGGUGGGGAAGAAACCUCGCGGAAAAAUGACCAAGGGAAAAAAGAAAAAGUUCGACGAUAGCUCGGAUUCUUCCUCUUCAGAUGAGGAUACAAGCGACGAAGAAGUAAAUGAUGACCCCCUUGCUGGAAUUGACAUUGAUAAACUAAUGGAAGAAGCAAUUGCUGGUGCUAAACCAAGUGUGCUUCAUACUAUGUCAUGGUGGCGGGUAGUGCUUGACGAAGCACACUUUAUCAAAUCACGAUCAAGUCAAACAGCUGCAGCUUCAUUCUCGUUGACAUCCAUUCACCGAUGGUGUCUAUCUGGAACUCCACUUCAGAACAGAGUUGGUGAAUUGUACUCUUUGAUUCGAUUCUUGCGUAUUGACCCGAUGGCACACUAUUUCUGUCGCAAAGAAGGCUGCGACUGUAAAAGUAUCCACUACCGAAUGAUGAAUGGAAGAUGCCAAGAUUGUGGCUGCAGUUCAAUCCAGCAUUUUUCGUACUUCAACAAGCAUGUACUAAAUCCAAUCCAGCGUGCUGGGUAUCAGGGAGAUGGUCGGCGGGCAAUGAUGAAGUUGAAGAAUGAAGUUCUUGAUCAGUGCCUGAUUCGUCGAACAAAGGAGUCUCGUGCAGAGGACAUGAAUCUACCUCCCCGCGUCGUCAAUAUCAAGACUAUUCGACUCCAUCCGAUCGAAGAAGAUUUUUACAAUGGAUUGUACACGGAGACAAAGAACUCGUUCAAUGACUAUAUUCAUGAGGGCACACUGUUGAACAACUACGCCCACAUCUUUGAUUUGCUCACCAAGAUGAGACAAGCUGUCGACCACCCUUAUCUCAUUGUUCAUUCAAAGAAGUAUGCAGAGAGGAAUCUGCAAUCACGGGCACCUGCUAUCGCCAAUGGAUCGGUCAAUUGCGAGUUAUGCAAUGAACCUCCUACCAGCCGUGUGGUGUCCUCUUGCUGCGGUGCUGGAUUCUGCAGAGAAUGUGUUGUCGAUUUCAUGUCUGCAUCUCUGGAUGAUAACAACACCAACCAUGAUUCGUCAAAUUGCCCAAGCUGCCGGGAACCAUUCACCAUUGACCUCAAUCAAGAAAAUGCCGAUAUUGAGGAUGAUGGCACGCUCACUAUUUCACCUUCCAAGACCACUACUGGAAGUCCAUUUGAUUUGAUGCCUUCACUCAAGGAGAUGACUCAUGUGUCCAGCGGAUCUAUCCUUCGGCGAAUCAAUCUUGCUGAGUUUGCCACUUCCACAAAGAUCGAGGCAUUGGUACAAGAGCUCGUUGAAAUGCGUCAGAGUCGUCCUGGCAGCAAAGCUCUAGUGUUCUCUCAGUUUGUAAACAUGUUGGAUCUCAUCCGGUGGCGUUUGCAUUCGGACCCCUGCUUGGCGGACCUCGGUUUGGGCGUCCGAAUCAUUCAUGGAGGCAUGAAUGUGCAUGCCAGAGAUCAAGCUCUGAAAGACUUUAAAGGUGACAAUUCGGUUCGCGUAUUGUUAAUGUCGUUAAAGGCCGGAGGUGUGGCAUUGAACUUGACUGUAGCCAACGAAGCCUACCUCAUGGAUCCGUGGUGGAAUCCAGCUGCCGAGAUGCAAGCCAUUGAUCGUACCCAUCGUUUGGGGCAACACCGUGCGAUUCGAGCCGUCCGUUUCAUUGCCGAGGGAACUGUCGAAGAGCGUGUGUUGCAAUUGCAAGAGAAGAAACGGCUAGUCUUUGAUGGAACUGUUGGUCGAGAUGCGGCGUCAUUGAAGAUGCUUACAGUGGAUGACAUGAAGGCCUUGUUUACAUAA